AUGGAGGUUUCGAGCAAAAUCGUUCAGGUACUCGUCGUGUUUGUUAUUGCUAUUGCAGCAGAGAAAUCAUUAGCUGCAACUCAUGUGGUGGGAGGAAGCCAAGGCUGGGAGCAGUCCACCGAUUUUGAUUCGUGGGCAUCUUCUCAGACAUUCAAAGUUGGAGAUGAAUUAGAGUUCAAAUACACGUCAAUGCACAGCGUGGUCGAACUGAAUGAAGACGCGUAUAAGAAAUGCGAUGUUGGAUCUCCAUUGAACUCGUUCAACGACGGUGAUACUAAAAUCAAGUUGAACAAAGCCGGAACACGAUAUUUCGCGUGUGGGACCGCGGGCCAUUGUGGUGGAGGAAUGAAGGUCAAAAUCACGACUGUUGAAGCUAGCGGCAGCUCCUCCUCCUCCGGCCCGUCAGCCAGUAAUCCACCAUCGACUCCAGGAGCAGCUGCUUCCACCUCAACGGCCUCUGGCAAAGCUCGAUUUUUCGGUUUCUUUGGGUUGGUUGCUGCCUUGAUGGUGGUGUUCUAUAUAUAG